AUGACAAGUCAUGGGCUAAUUUACAACCCUGUUUUCCUGAUGACAGGGAGUGCACCAAUCAGGGGUUUAAUAGUUUCCCGGGCUUUCAGGAGCCCUCCCCUGGGUAUUUAUAGCUGUGGUGCCUCCCUUCCCCCCUCAAUCUGCCCAGGACCCGGAGUUUUGGCUGCUGGUUGGGGAACUCCAACUUUAUUUGCCUCUAAUGCAUUGUUUCCUAACCGGAGAGACCAGAUUGGACCCAGCAAACAUGCCGCGGAGGUCCUGAUCAGCCCCACCAAAAAAACGGCUGCACUGCACCGCAGCUUCCGAAGACUCAACAUGGGCUCCCUGAUCCUGACCACCUACCUCCUGUCCACCCUCGUGUCUGCGGGUCAUUCCCUGACUUGUUUUGUCUGUAGACAGGAAGGAGAACUCUCGUGCAGCGGAGAAGAAAGAGCUUGUCCUAAGGACUAUGUGUGUGCGUCCACCGCCACCAUCACUAUUAUGGAUGGGAUGCAAACAAAAACAUUUACCAAGUCCUGUGAAAGAAGAAACGCAUGUGGAGUAGCUGGGACCAUCGCCUACCAAAGAGGACAAGUCAAAAUGGCAACAUCUUGUUGUUAUACCGAUUCCUGCUAUCCUUCUACCCCCGCAUUACCCAUGGAUGAACAUCGCAGAAACGGACUGACGUGUUCCAGCUGCACGGCCCACGAUUCAGCAUGGUGUUAUGGGAAAGAAAAAAUUGACUGCACCGGAACUGAAAACAAGUGUAUUUUCAUGAGUCACGUGUACACAGGAGCGAAGUACAGCAAAAAUGCCUUCCGGGGGUGCGGAACUAAAGACAUCUGUGACCUCGGAAGCCAAAGUCAUAACUACGGGUCCGUCAACCUCCAAACAGACAUCCGGUGCACGAACCACGGCCCCGCCAUUUACUCCAGUUUCUUCGUUCUGCUGGCCGCCGUUGCAAUCUCAUCCAGGCUUGUCUUGUAGGCGGCUCCUCGUGGGCGGGGCUCUAGGAGUAACACUUACACUGUGCCGCUGUUAUCUGAGCGCAUUCGACUUCGGCAGGUCGGGGCAGUGGGAGCACAACACUUACUGGCAGUAUUAUUAUUAUCAUUUGUAUUGUUUUUUGUUUUUUAACCUCAAGCACUUUACUGUGUGUGUGCAUUGAUAUGAAUAUGCUGUGCAUGAGACCGUAUACAUGUCUGCUAUCACCCCACUGGGCCCUCAGCCUCCGAUAUUUGUUAAUACCGUGAGUAUCAUAUUGGCCUAUGUGCAUGCAAUUUAAAGAUAUAGCACAUCAAGUACUACACUCACCUACUUAGAUACAGUUCAGAAGUUUUGUUAUCCAUAUAACCUUACCCUGUGACCUGUAUGGCAAAACAGGUAACUUAUAUUCAAUACUAACCCUGUACUACAGCAAGGGUUAACACUCAUACUUACCCUAUGCCCCAUAACUCUAUAGUUAUAGUAGGGUUGGCCUUAAAGGGGUAUUCCAGCUUUAUCAUCUUAUCCCCAAUCCAAAGGAUAGGGGAUAAGAUGUAUAAAGCUGGAGCUGUAGUUUUGCCACAACUAGGGGCAUAUUGGUUGUGAAACACUGUCCUAUACUUACCAAAAAUCCUAUCCUGUCCUAUACUACAUCAUCUAUAUCCUAUAUUGUAAACCCUACAUUUCAUAUACAGCUAAUAUACAGCAAAAAACAAACAAAAAAGCAACAACAACCUAAUCUUAAAGAAAGGAUACAGUCAGGGAUGCCCUGAAACAGGUAGUCCAGGUUAAAAAAUAACAUGGUUGCUUUUUUCUAGAAACAGCACCACACCUGUCCUCUGGUGGUUGUGAUUGGUAUUGCACCAAAAUCUUUGGUCAACAGACCUUUAAAUUGUUACCCACCUCAAAAGACACCAUAUGCUUUAUUGUAUUGAUUAUUAAAGCAAAUGCUUGACUAUUAUAAUGACUAUUCAUUAGAGCCUUGCGAUCCCUGAUGAUGCAGUUGGUACUGUAAAAACAUGUCAGAUAGGCAUCUUUAAAGUGCUUUUGAUACAGUCUGAGGAGUGUUUACAAAUAGCGCACUACAGAUGCUGAUUGACUGUGUAUUGGAAGAGUCUAUCCAUCACAUACACUGCCGUACUGGCCUUUAGAAAUGUUUUUGAAAAGCAUUUGUUUUAAUAACUGAUACAAUAAGGCAUAUCAUGUUUUUAGGGGUUGGGUCACAAUUUAAAGGGGAAGUUAAGAAACAUAAAAAUGCCCCAAAGCUACCACAAUACCUGUUCUGUGUCCCCUGUAGUUAUCCUUGUGAUUUUUCCAGCUCCUGUGGCCCCUGUUGUCUCCUGAAUAUUCUUUUUCCUUGCUUGCAGCCCAGACUACAACUCCCAGCAGUCAUUGCAUCUCUGUGUAACGGCUGCUAGGCAAUUGCUUUUACUAUCUGUGUGCAUGCUGUGUUGUUGUAAACACAGUUAGCAACACACACUGUACAGGUCUUUUCUUUCAAACUAUCCUUUCCCUCAGCAAUAAAUCAUGCUAUGCUCUGAAUGGCAGCAGUCAGUAAUAAGAUCUACAGCAGGUAUAGAGCAGCGUUAUGUGCUGAGUUGUGUCUGAGAGUCUUCACAGCAGACACUGGGCUUCUCUGCCAGCAAGAUCCUCACACAGGGAGGGGAGGGGGAGGGGAGGUGUGGUUGUGAAGCCAGAGCCCUAGACAAAACAGAAAUCACAUGGUGUUUGUCUUCCAGGAGGGUGGGGGCCAGCCUCAGUGAGCGGUUUGCACAAAGACAAGGUGGAUCUGAUUAUGACGUCUUUCUCUCACUCCCUGCAUGUAAGUGACAGCUGAAAGAGGGAAACUGCUCUAUAUAGAUAAUGAAUGAUAUUUAGACAAAUAAAUAGGUUGGUGAGAGGGAAAGGAUCAGCUAUGGAUUUAGUUCUCCGGAGUCCCCUUUAAGGGGGUCUGUUGAUGUAAGGGUAUGGUAUAUUAAUGUAGUUUUACCCUGGAUUUGGGCAUUUUGUUUGUAUUUGGUUGGUAUUGCAUUUUAGUUCCACAGAACUAAAAAGGACGACGUUGCAGACAGGUGUGGCAGUGGUUUUUGGAGAAAAAAGCUAAAUUGUUACCCACUCCUAAAAACACUAUAUGCUUCAUUGUAUUAACUAUUAAAACAAGUGGUUGACUAUUAUAAUGACUAAUAAUGAUUAAAAUCAUUAGAGCCUCACGAUCCCUGUUGAUGCAGUUGGUCCUGUGAAACAUGUCGGGGAGGCUUCUUUAAAGUGUUUUUAGUUCAGUCUGAGAAGUGUUUAUAAAUAACUCACUGCAGAUGCUGAUUGGCUGUGUAGAGAGGUUCUAAACAUUACAUACAGGACUGGUCGUUUUAGAUAUCUUUUGGAAAACCAUUUAUUUUUAUAUACAACAUAAUAAAGCAUACCGUGUUUUUAAGGUUUAGGCAGGUGUGGUGGUGUUUUUGGAAAACAAAAAAAGUAAUAGUUUUUCUUGGAACCUAUGACAACCCAUUUUAUCCAAACUCUAAUCCUAAAUUCCAUGCUUUUGGCGAACCAUUUCACAUGAUAUUUUCCCCUUUUUGACACGCUUUGUGCCUUUUUCGCAAAUUCCGCAUUUGCUGCUGACAGUUCGAGAUGAUGUGAAUUUUUAUUAUGUGUUUAGGGGACAUUUUUAUACUUAAAAUAAGAAGUUUUCAUCGUAGUCAUUAUUGGGGGGGAGGGGGAGGUAUGAGACAAGAACGACUCCACUUUGGGCGACCCUCAAUUCAAAUGGCAAAUUACAGAAAGUGGAGUUAUUUAGACCCAGAAUUUUUUGAUGGGAAGUUUUUGGCUUCCAUCCACCACUUCUAUGGAUUCCGGCCGCUUCAAAGACUACAACUGAUGACUUCAUUGGAUCAUUGAUGGGGGGGGGUCCCCAAGCUUCUGUUGUCCCGAGUGUAUGCUGUCCUACAGUAUUAGGCUCCAUCUCACAAUGGUCGUUCAUCUUUGCUUGUAUUAAGCUGCCAAAUAACUUCAUCCUAUGACUUGUCUAUGAUGUUUAGCACAUACAUUCUCUUAUUAAAAGCCUAAAAAUCUAAA